AAGUCCCGGGCGGCCGCCGCCUCCUGCUCUUGGCGGGUCUGGGGAGCCCCGGGUGGCCCAAACCCCGCGCGCGUCUCCUUUGCCUCCUCUCCAGUCCCAGCUGCCCUUCGCAUCCUUUUGGGGCUCCGGGAGCCACAGGCAGGGCUCCCCGGAAUCCCCCUUCUCACGAUGCCCGGUACCCAGGCCCCGAGGUCUGCGGGAGAUGUAGUGGCCCAGUGUCCGUGGUCUGCUGUCCUGUUGUCUGGACACCUGCGGGGCCUGGAGGUCGUCUGGGCUGGCCAUGUCUGGCUUGGCUGCAGUCCUUCCCGCGCCUGAUUGCCCCCUGUCUCCAGCCUCCCAAAGCCACCCGCUACCCCAAGUGGCUCCCGCUGUCUCCCAAGUAGCUUCCGUGGGCAGCCAGGUGACCUCGCUGCUCACCCUGUGGGAGCGCGAGUCGUCCCAGCACCCUGACCCAUACGUGGUCAAGUAGGACCCAGUAGCGUGGUCUGCGCAGGCACCUAGUGAUGUUUUAACGUGAAGGUGUUCCGAGCCCUUGCCCCGGAAUCGGGGAGUCUGGCUCUAGGCUGGCACCUGCGCAGCUGUCGCCUAAACCCCACAAAUGGGGAAGUCAGAAUAGCCAGGUAUAUGCUGUUUACAGCCUGGGUAGGAGUUGGCCAGGUUCGGCCACCUCGGUGAUGCUACGUGUUGGUUGUAGAGGAAGCUUAUCCUAAAAUGACAGUACCCCCUCCCCCACCCCAGGCAAGUGGAGACAAUCCCAAAGGCUGGGAAGAAGCGACAGUCACGAGCCAUGUUCAUGUGCGUAUGAGGGCUGUGUUCUCCAGACCUUUAAAACAAACCCACGUUUUGGGAGCAGGUAGCUUUAGACUGAGAGCAUCGCUUCCUAUUCCUUAAAACCGACCGACCGCACAGAUACCCAGAACGCGGAAGGAAAAUGCCACCUCAACUUUGCGGCUCCGACUGCCUGGGUGAGGUCGCACUUUGGGAGCAAGCCUGGAUGCUAACUUGUUUUGAGGGAUGACUGUGCAUAGGAAAAAGUAAAUAUUGCCUUCCUUCCAGAUGACCUCAAGUGACCCCAAAUAUUUACUGAGACUUUCCCCUUGCAGAGACGGUGGUCAGCCCCGGGGCUUUGGCUGAGCCCCUGGAGGAUGGCGCUGAUCUUAAAAAGGGCUCUUCCUUGGCGCGGGUUAAUGAGCAAGCCUAGAGCUGCUUAGUUCUUGGCAUUCCCCUGCGGCCUGAAGAGGGCCACUGACGGGGGUCCAGGCCAUUUCCUCAGAGCGGAAGCUCUGAGCCGCCUUUUGCCAAAGUGCACAGUCCCUUGGACUUGAAAAUUGCUGUGUUGUGGCUAUUUUCUUUCUCCACGGGGGUCAGCGUUCGUCUGGCUGUGCUCAAAAGCCAUUUUGGGCAACCUUGGGGGAGGAAGCUGCCUGUCUCUUGCCUUGAGCCAGAACGAGUCCCCUCACCCUGGCCAGCCCCACCCAGCUACAGAAGAACCUGUGUGCAUGGCUCUGGGAGGCUUGUGGUAGAGGAGAGGAUGUGCCACCCCUGGGAACUCAUUCCUGGCCCUCCGAGGAGGUAGAGCACGGGUCGAGGUGUUGCAGACAGCCUGCAGAGGUUUGCUUCCCUGCCUGCCUAUCUCCCAGCCAGCUUCCACGUCACCAAUGCAGAAGAGGCUUUCUUCCUCAAGGAGGCCAACCAGGACCUCAUGCGCAAUGCCAGCCUGCAGGCCCGAUCCGCCACGCUCUUCAUCCACCGUGCCCAGAGCCCUCCAGCCAUCAAUGCCAGCUACGGCCCCUUCUCCGUAGAGAAGACCGUGCCCUGGGACUUCCUGCUCACGCCCACCCCUUUCGGAAAUAUGGAGAGGUUCCCUUUCAACUGGAGGCUCAAAUCCCAUAUCCUCGACAGCUCCAUCUUUUCCAACCGACCCAAAGUGCAGACACUGUUCUACGUCACUGGCAUGGGCUGGGAUGAAAAUGACCCUGGGGAUGAUCUUCCCUGUGUCAAGAUGUUUGCCUUCCCAGAGGCCAGGGAGGUGGCAGCCAGCUGCCGGCUGCAGGGGGCCCCUGGGCUGUGUGUGGCACAGCUAGAGCUGUUACCUGAGUGGUUCAGCUCGGGUCUGGACCUCGAACCCCGGGAGGAGAUCCCAGCGUUGCUGGGCGGUACAGCCAUGGAACUAUAUUUUGCCCUUUAUCCAGCCAACGAGGCCGGCCAAUGCCCCCUGGAGGAGGAGGGCAAAUGGGAAAAUAACAUCCACUCAGAACAAGAGGAACCUCAGCCAGUGCUCCCCGCCCGGGAAAGGAUCGGCAGCGUGGUGGUCUACCCUACCCAGGAUGACUUGCGGUGGUCCUUGGUGAGCCUCGACGACAACGUGGCUCUUUCCAUCCCUCUGAACCUCAUCCGAGAAGGGGACACGGCCACCUUCUUGGUUUCUCUGACCAGUGGUUCCCUGGCAGAGCAGUUCACUCUUCGAAUCAAGGCGGCUGCGGGUGUGAAGAUUACGGCCGUGCGGGUGAGCCACGAGGACCAGUGGGCAGUGCAAGAGGAAAUUGAGCAGGAUGGUACCCAGACCACCGCUGCCCUGUCCUGCAUGGGCCACCACCCGGACACUCAGAGCAGGGCAAACGGCUCCUUCUAUGAGAUUCUGCAAGUGGACUUUGGUGUUGAAAACAGCAGCAGCCUGGCUGGGGCCCAGCAAAUCACCUGGCAGGUAGAAUAUCCAGUGGAAGACUCCAUGAGCGAACUCUUCGUCUCUGAGAUCUUCAUCAGCCAGACGACCUUCGUGGGCAUCGUCCCUCUCACCAUGGACACAGAAGUUUUGAACACCGCCAUUCUCACUGGGAAGCCCGUCUCAGUUCCCGUCAAGGUUGUGGGGGUUCAAGAAGAUGGAUCUGUGGUGGACGUGCUGGAGUCUGUGGAAUGCAGGUCUGCCGAUGAAGAUGUUGUGAAGGUCUCCAACACCUGUGACUCUAUCUUUGUGAACGGGAAGGAGAUGAAGAGCAAAGUAGGCACGAUUGUCAACUUCACCCACCAGCACUUCACUUCCCAGGUGGAGAUCACCGUCUGGGUGCCCCGCCUGCCGCUGCAGAUUGAGAUCUCGGACACCGAGCUGAGCCAGAUCAAGGGCUGGAGGAUCCCGGUGGCAUCCAACAGGAGGCCCACCCGGGAGAGCGAUGAUGAGGAGGAUGAGGAGAAGAAGGGACGAGGGUGUACCCUGCAGUACCAGCAUGCCCUGGUGCGUGUCCUCACUCAGUUUGUAUCUGAGUCACCUGACCUGGGUCAGCUGACCUACAUGCUGGGCCCUGACUGGCAGUUUGACAUCACCGACCUGGUCACUGAGUUUGUGAAGGUGGAAGAGCCCAAAAUUGCCCAGUUACAGGAUGGCAGGAUCCUGGCAGGACGGGAGCCGGGCAUCACCACUGUGCAGGUCCUUUCACCUCUCUCUGACUCCAUCCUUGCCGAGAAGACGGUUAUCGUCCUGGAUGACCGAGUCACCAUCACAGAGCUGGGCGUACAACUGGUGGCUGGCCUGUCCCUUUCCCUGCAGCCUCACAGGGCAGACAAGAGGGCCAUCAUCUCCACAGUGUCUGCUCAGGAUGUUCUCCAAGCCCCACAGCAGGAAGCCAUCGUCAGUUCCUGGAUUUUGUUCAGCGAUGGCUCAGUGACACCCUUAGACAUUUAUGAUCCCAAGGAUUUCUCGGUGACCGUUUCCUCAUUGGAUGAGAUGGUGGUGUCCAUCCAGCCAAACCUUCAGACCAGAUGGCCAAUUGUGGUUGCCGAGGGUGAAGGACAAGGGCCCCUGAUCAAACUGGAAAUGUCCAUUAGCGAGUCUUGUCAGAAGAACAAGAGGAAGAGUACUCUUGCUGUGGGCAAAGGAAAUGUCAAGGUCAGAUUUGAACCCGGGACGCACGAGCAGCAAGGAGGUGGCAAUGAUAUCGGGGGCGUCAACCGGGAAUACAAAGGCCACCUCAGCAAUUCCAUAGAGCGUGAGGGAAGCCAGGAGCGAGCAGCCCAGGAGUGGUUCCAACAUGGCACACCUGUUGGCCACAAGGACUGGACCAACAAAAGCACAACCCCACAGUCUCCCAUGGGAGGAAAACUCCUCAAAGGUGGAGCGGAUGCCUUCACGAGCUUCCCCACUCAAGGGAAGUUACCGGAAUCCAAUAACCCCGGUGACCUCACGAUGACCUCCAGGGGGUUAACGGAUUUGGAGAUCGGGAUGUACGCCCUGCUCUGUGUCUUCUGCCUGGCCAUCUUGGUCUUCCUGAUCAACUGCGUGGCCUUUGCUUGGAAGUAUAGACACAAAAGGUUCGCGGUGAGUGAACAAGGCAACAUCCCCCAUUCUCACGACUGGGUCUGGCUCGGGAACGAGGUAGAACUCCUGGAGAACCCCGUGGACAUCACCCUCCCCUCUGAGGAGUGCACGACCAUGAUUGACAGGGGUCUGCAGUUCGAGGAGAGGAACUUCCUGCUGAAUGGCAGUUCCCAGAAGACUUUUCAUAGUCAGCUGCUUCGGCCCCCUGACUAUGUGUAUGAAAAAGAGCUGAAAAACGAACCUAUGGGUUCCUCCGGCCCAAAGAGGAAGAGAGUCAAGUUUACUUCCUACACCACCAUCCUCCCCGAGGAUGGGGGCCCAUACACCAACUCCAUCCUGUUUGACAGUGAUGACAGCAUCAAGUGGGUCUGCCAGGACAUGGGGCUGGGGGACUCACAGGACUUCAGAGACUAUAUGGAAAGACUACAGGACCAGAUGUAAAGUCCUUUCUUAAGUUUGUAUUCACCUGUAUGCCUUCUGUUUUCUGAGCGAUGGAACAGUGGGUCUGAUCAGCAAUAGGGGGUGACUCAGCAAAGUGUCAGAGCGGGGGUCUGGAGGGAUCCCUCUCUAAGCGGGUAUCAGCGGUCUGGAGAGCUGGGGCUCGAGCUGGGCCAUGUCUAUAAAACUGGCUCCCGGGAAUGGGAGGCAUCCAGAGGCAGCAGCAAGCCUGGCGGUAGACACGACCCCGCAGACACUGUUAGUCACCUCGUGACCAAUGGCCGUGUGUAAUUAGGAACGUUCCGGGUGGUGUUUUUUUUUUUUUUUUUUUUCCUAUUCCUAGCCCCUUUAAAGCACAGUGGACACUCAUUGCGCGUGGCCUGAGUUCAAAUCUCCAUGGUGGAAGAUGAGUGAAUGUAGCUUCCUUAGCUGUCAGGAUUGAAGCUCAUUGUUUUUAUACAAAUCUGGACUCGCACCUGUUCUUUUGACUUUACAUUUUUUUGGGGGGGGGAGGGGUUUGUUUUAGAAGCACUUAAAGAAGAGUUGAUGUUCGAUGUUCCAGAGUUUAAUUUUCUGUAGCUCAUUGUGGCCCGUCAUUAUGGGGUCUCCACAUAGGACGUCGUUUGUUUUUUUAAACUUUGUUGCUGGGGAUGGCAUUUAGGAAACAUCUUCUCAUGUUUUGUCCCUCCUUGACAUUGGUCUUUCUCAUCUAUCUAUCUUGGGAACAGGGGUCUGACUGGAGACCCAGGAGAGAGUUUUUUUUUUAAAAUAUAUUUUUCACAUGAAAUUUCACAGAUUUGGAGAAAAAGUUCUGUCACAAACA